AUGGCAGUCCGCAAGCGCCACGAAGCGCGCCGUCGCUACCACUGGCCCGAACUUCAACUCAACAUCUGGAUCAUGGUCGUGCUCUCAUGCUCAGCGACAUGUCUUGGAAUCUUCGGGUGGUUCAUGGCCGUGCAAACGCAAAUGCAUCUUGGGACACCAUGGCUCUUCCCUUACAUGGUUGUCAGCAGCGCUCUGGGCGUGCUCUUCAUAUUCCUCAUUCUGGUCCUUGCGUCGCGACACUUCCUCUUGCCGGGGAUUAUCAUCAUCGGCAGCUUUAUUCUCCUCGUGCUGUGGUUGACGGGUCUGAUUGAGACUUCACUACAGCUGUAUGGGGUUGUCGGGAAUGUGAAUGAUAAUUGCAAGAUUUAUGUGGAGGAUAAUAAGUCUUGGGGGAAUAAUAUUAAUACUUUGGCUUGGUUGACGCAGAGUACUAUUUGCAAUUGUUGGAAAACUGCCUUUGCGCUUGAGCUUGUUAAUACUAUUUUCUACCUUUGGAUGAUGAUUAUGUCGUGGCAAGUUAAUCGGGAUGUUUAUGAUUGA